AUGAAGCUCAAUACACCUCUACCGCAGCCUUUGCCAAAGGAAUGCUCAAAGGCAGCUAACAUCUUCAAGUCGUUUGUGGACAGCGGAAACAACGGCCUCGAUGGGAUCAUCCCUCGUAGCGUACUCCACAAUGCAAAAGGCUUUGCCAUAUUCACAAUAUUCAAAGCUGGCUUCCUGUUCUCCGCAAGAGCAGGGACCGGAGUAGUCAUUGCAAGGCUUGAGGACGGGACAUGGUCCGCGCCAAGUGCGAUUGGCACGGCUGGUCUGGGUGUCGGUGGGCAGGCAGGAGCGGAGAUGACUGACUUUCUCGUGGUCUUGAAUUCUCGUUCCAAAUCUUUCAUGUCUGCCGGAUCGCUGACCCUUGGUGGCAACCUAAGCAUUGCUGUCGGACCCCUUGGCAGGAAUGGAGAGGCGAUUGGUUCCCUCAACACAAGUGGAAAGGUGGCUGCUAUGUACAGCUACUCAAAAACAAGAGGCCUAUUCGGCGGUGUUUCAAUCGAGGGCUCUGUGAUUGUCGAGCGUCAAGAUGCAAAUGCACAAGCCUACCACGGUGACGUGUCUGUUAAGCAAUUGCUUAGCGGAGCCGUUCCGUCACCGGAAUGGGCGCAGCCCUUAAUUAAGACUCUGGAAGCAUGUACGGGAAUGCCGGGCAAUCGCCCAUGGAUACAAGAUUUCCGCUCGCAGCACAAUGGCCAUCCAUCGUAUGCUUUCGGCGGUGACAGGCCAGACUCGCUGUCAAAGACCAAGAAGUCGAAAUCCCGUUCAAGCAGUUUCGGUUUCCCGCCGGCGAGCUGGGGGAAGCGCAAGCCGGCGGGAUCAUACUUUGAGGACGAGUUCCACGAUCCGAAUCGCGCUCCUGACCGCCCCUCACCUCGGUUGACUCGCGCACUGAACCCAGCUACGGGCUAUUUCGACACGAAGUUUAAAUCGGACUUUGUUACUGACGAGCAACUGCGGCGGCAUCCACGACUCAGCUCUAUAGACGGCACCGGGAAGAUAGGAAUGGCAAGCGGUGACCUCUAUAGUGGACUACCGGUCGGGUCCCCGCCGCCGGUAAAAUUGAACUCGAGUGGACCGCCGCCGAGGCUGACGCCCAAGGCUGAGUUGACGAGGCCACUCUUGCCGCACGAAGGUGUAGCGCGCGCCAUUGCGCUGUACAAUUUUGACGCCGUGCAGCCCGGCGAUUUGUCCUUCAAGAAAGGCCAGGUUAUCACGGUCACCGAGAAGAGCCACGACGUGAACACAUGGUGGCGAGGCAAGCUCGAGGGUAGAGAAGGUAUCUUCCCUGCCAAUUUCGUCGAAGUUGUGUAA